AUGUCAAAUAAUUACAAUAAUAGAGACAGGAAUACCGAGUCAGAUGAUAAUAACCCAUUUUCAGAUAGUAAUGGUCACAGUAACCUUAUUGAUUUGGACCUAGAGACAAACCCGUAUACAGAUUUUGAUCCCAACCGUGUUUAUCCACAGCAUGCGCAUACAGUCAAUGAUCCAUUUGCGGAUCAGUUUGUCUUAUCGGAUGAUUCUGAUGACGAUGUUGAUGAUGGUCAAGAAGCUGGCCAUGGUUAUGGUUAUGGUCGAAAUGAUCUAGCCAACACAUCGUAUGCAUCGUCGUCCCAACACCGACAAGUCCCGCUAUUGAAUACAGCCAAUACACCUAAUAAUCAAGGUAGCUUUUUUAAAAGUGGUAAAAGUGGGGACUAUAUAAAUAUGCAAAGUCAAGAAGAAAAGCAACGCGAUUUCGAUAUCACACAUAUGUUCCAAAAGGUCAAGAGUAAGAUUACAGGGAAACCACCAGGGCAUGCAAAGCAACAAUCAAAAGAACCUCGAGAAAUAUUUAUCAUGAACCAUUCUGCCAAUUCCCAUUUUGGAUACUAUGGGAACUAUAUAUCGACAACAAAGUAUAAUUUUGCUACCUUUUUACCCAAAUUUUUAUUUGAACAAUUUAGCAAGUAUGCUAAUUUGUUUUUCUUAUUUACUUCCAUUAUCCAACAAGUUCCUCAUGUGUCACCAACAAACCGAUAUACCACUAUUGGUACCUUGAUCGUGGUGUUAUUAGUUGCGGCAAUAAAGGAAAUCCUUGAAGAUAUUAAGCGUGCUAAUGCAGACAAAGAGUUAAACAAUACUAAAGUUCUAGUUUUGGAUCCAAACACAGGUAAUUUUCAAUUGAAGAAAUGGAUCAAAGUUCAAGUUGGUGAUGUUGUGCAAGUGGCCAAUGAAGAGCCAUUUCCAGCCGAUUUGAUUUUAUUGAGUUCUUCUGAACCAGAAGGGUUGUGUUAUAUUGAAACUGCAAACUUAGAUGGGGAAACAAAUUUAAAGAUCAAACAAGCCAAAACAGAAACUGCUCAUUUAGUUAAUCCUCAUGAUUUGGUGAGAGAUUUAAAUGGUGCUGAAAUUGUAUCUGAACAGCCAAACUCAUCAUUGUAUACAUAUGAAGGCAAUUUGAAGAACUUCCGUCGUGGUAACGAUAUUCCAUUGAGUCCAGAACAAAUGUUACUUAGAGGAGCCACAUUAAGAAACACCCAAUGGAUUAAUGGCGUGGUCAUUUUUACAGGUCAUGAAACCAAGUUAAUGCGUAAUGCCACAGCGGCACCAAUCAAACGUACUGAUGUUGAGAGAAUUAUUAAUUUGCAAAUUUUGGUUUUGUUUGGGGUUUUGAUCGUGCUCGCAUUGAUUUCUUCAAUUGGUAAUGUUAUCAAGACAAAAGUAGAUGGUGAUGAUUUAUCAUAUUUGCAUUUGGAAGGUAUUUCGAUGUCAAGAUUAUUUUUCCAAGAUUUGUUGACAUACUGGAUUUUGUUUUCUAACUUGGUGCCAAUUUCAUUAUUUGUUACCGUUGAAUUGAUCAAGUAUUAUCAAGCUUUUAUGAUAGGAAGUGAUUUGGAUAUGUACUAUGAAGAGACUGAUACCCCAACAGGGGUUAGAACUUCGUCAUUGGUUGAGGAGUUGGGUCAAAUUAACUAUAUAUUCAGUGACAAAACUGGUACCUUAACUAGAAAUGUCAUGGAGUUCAAGUCCUGUACAAUUGGAGGAAGAUGUUAUAUCGAAGAAAUCCCCGAAGAUGGACAUGCGCAAAUGAUUGAUGGUAUUGAGGUUGGGUUCCAUACUUUCGAUCAACUUCAAGAAGAUUUGCGAAAUACUUCAUCCCAGCAAUCUGCAAUUAUCAAUGAGUUUUUAACAUUAUUGAGUACUUGUCACACUGUUAUCCCUGAAGUCACCGACGACAAAAUCAAGUACCAAGCAGCUUCUCCCGAUGAAGGUGCUUUGGUACAAGGAGCAGCUGAUUUGGGUUAUAAGUUUAUCAUUCGUAGACCUAAGGGGGUUACUAUUGAAAAUACUUUAACUGGAAGUACAUCUGAAUAUGAAUUGUUGAAUAUUUGUGAGUUCAACUCAACAAGAAAGAGAAUGUCUGCGAUUUUCCGUUGUCCUGAUGGGGUUAUUCGUUUGUUUUGUAAAGGGGCCGAUACUGUUAUUUUAGAAAGACUUUCUCAAGAUGAGCCACAGCCAUUUGUUGAUGCUACUUUAAGACACUUGGAAGAUUUUGCGGCAGAAGGUUUGCGUACGCUUUGUAUUGCCUCACGUAUUAUUUCUGAUGAAGAGUACGAUUCAUGGUCAAGAACUUACUACAAAGCUUCCACUUCCUUGGAAGAUCGUAGUGAUAAAUUAGACGCAGCAGCCGAAUUGAUUGAAAAGGACUUGUUCUUAUUAGGAGCAACCGCUAUUGAAGAUAAAUUGCAAGAUGGAGUUCCUGAAACAAUUCACACGUUACAACAAGCUGGUAUUAAAAUCUGGGUUUUAACAGGUGAUAGACAAGAAACUGCUAUCAACAUUGGUAUGUCUUGUAAGUUACUUUCUGAAGACAUGAACUUGUUAAUUAUUAAUGAAGAAACGAAGAAAGAUACACGAUUAAAUCUUCAAGAGAAGCUCACAGCUAUACAGGAGCACCAAUUUGAUAUCGAAGACGGAUCCUUGGAAUCUUCACUAGCUUUGGUUAUUGAUGGUCAUUCUUUAGGAUACGCAUUAGAGCCUGAUUUAGAGGAUUUGUUUAUCGAAUUGGGUUCUCGUUGUCGUGCGGUGAUUUGUUGUCGUGUGUCCCCAUUACAAAAAGCACUUGUGGUUAAAAUGGUUAAAAGAAAGAAGAAAAAGUCUUUGUUACUUGCCAUUGGAGAUGGAGCAAAUGAUGUGUCGAUGAUCCAAGCUGCCCAUGUUGGUGUUGGUAUAAGUGGUAUGGAAGGUAUGCAAGCAGCACGAAGUGCUGAUAUUUCUAUUGGUCAAUUCAAGUAUUUGAGAAAGUUGUUAUUAGUUCAUGGUGCUUGGUCUUAUCAAAGACUUUCAAAUGCAAUUCUUUACUCUUUUUACAAGAAUAUUGCGUUGUAUAUGACACAAUUUUGGUUUGUUUUCACCAAUGGAUUUUCUGGUCAAUCAAUUGCUGAAUCUUGGACUUUGACAUUCUAUAAUGUGUUGUUUACUUCCUUGCCACCAUUUGUAUUGGGUGUUUUCGAUCAAUUUGUUAGUGCAAGAUUAUUGGACCGUUAUCCACAAUUGUAUCAAUUGGGUCAACAAAGAAAAUUUUUUAAUGUUGCAGUUUUCUGGACCUGGAUUUUGAAUGGAUUCUAUCAUUCUGCAGUUAUCUUCUUGUGUUCGUUUUUCAUCUACAGAUACAUGAACGUUUCUCCAAAUGGACAAACAGCUGAUAAUUGGUCAUGGGGUGUGGCUGUCUACACUACAUGUACAUUAACUGCCUUGGGUAAAGCUGCAUUGAUUGUCACCAUGUGGACCAAGUUUACCUUAAUUGCAAUUCCGGGUUCAUUCCUUUUAUGGUUAGGUUGGUUUCCAGCAUACGCCACUAUCGCUCCAAUGAUUAACGUUUCUACUGAGUAUCGAGGUGUAUUAAGAAUGACCUACCCAUUAAUUGUUUUCUGGUCCAUGGUGUUUGGGGUGUCAGCAUUGUGUUUGUUGCGUGACUUUGCCUGGAAAUACUUCAAAAGAAGAUACAGUCCAGAAAGUUAUCAUUAUGUUCAAGAAAUUCAAAAGUAUAAUAUUCAAGAUCAUAGACCAAGAAUGGAGCAAUUUCAAAAAGCAAUCAGAAAAGUCAGACAGGUUCAAAGAAUCAAAAAACAAAGAGGUUUUGCAUUUUCUCAAGUUGAAGGUCAAGACCAAGAUAAGAUUGUCAGACUAUAUGAUACCACUAAAAAGAGAGGUGCAUUUGGUGAAUUAUCUGAAACCAAUUAG